CCCCCUACCCCCCCUCAAAUCUUAUAUUUUUGGGAACUUUUCGUGGGUAAAGAAAGCGUCGAGUCAUGUUGGGUUUAAACAGGAUUCUGAGUCUCCGGGCCGCCCGGAUUCGGAGCUGUGGCUCUCCGGGAGCCAAACUCUCACCCCGGUCCUCCUCAUGCCACAACCCCGCUGCCAGUUCGAGGAUUUACUGCGCGUGUCUGUUGCUCCUGCUGCUGGUGACGCCUCGGGUGGACUCUUCAUGGUGGUACAUUGGUGCGCUGGGGGCCCGUGUGAUCUGCAACAACAUCCCCGGCUUGGUGAAUAAGCAGCGGCAACUCUGUCAGCGCCACCCGGACAUUAUGCAGGCCAUCGGCGAGGGCACCAAAGAGUGGAUCAGAGAGUGCCAGCACCAAUUCAGACACCACCGCUGGAACUGCAGCACACUGGACCGCGACCACACCGUGUUCGGACGUGUCUUGCUACGGAGCAGUCGUGAAGCAGCAUUCGUCUACGCCAUCUCCUCAGCCGGAGUGGUGUAUGCGCUUACUCGCGCCUGCAGCCAGGGGGAGCUGAAAACGUGUAACUGCGACCCGCACAAGCGAGGACGGGCUAGCGACGAGAGAGGAGAGUUUGACUGGGGUGGCUGUAGCGAUAACAUCAACUAUGGGAUAAAGUUUGCCAAAGCCUUCAUCGAUGCCAAAGAGAGGACAGUCCGAGACGCACGGGCACUCAUGAACCUACAUAACAACCGCUGUGGCAGAACAGCAGUGAAGCGGUUCAUGAAGCUGGAGUGUAAAUGCCACGGUGUUAGUGGCUCUUGCACACUGCGGACAUGUUGGAUGGCCAUGGCAGACUUCAGGAAGACCGGUGACUACCUGAGGAGGAAAUACAACGGGGCCAUCGAGGUGACGAUGAAUCAGGAUGGGACAGGCUUCGCCGUAGCUAACAAAGCCUUCAGGAAGGCCACCAAGAACGACCUGGUGUACUUUGAGAGCUCUCCGGAUUACUGUCUACAAGACAAAACAGCAGGCUCCCUGGGCACGGCUGGGCGGGUCUGCAAUAAGACAUCACGCGGCACGGAUGGCUGUGAGGUCAUGUGCUGUGGGCGGGGCUAUGACACCACGAGAGUCAAGCAAAUCACUAAGUGCGAGUGCAAGUUCAAAUGGUGCUGCGCUGUGGAGUGUAAGGACUGUGAGGAAGCUGUGGACAUACAUACGUGCAAAGCUCCCAAGCGAGCUGAAUGGUUGGAUCAGACCUGAGGACGCGCCCCCUCUGCCCCCUCCAAUGCAAACCCACCCCUUUCCCCUUUUCGGGACAUCCUGUGGAACAUGGCCUUCUGGGAAAGUUUGUUCGAAAGUGCUCUGCAUCUCUGCCCUCCCUUGCCCCAACCUCGGUUCAUCAUUGCAUGGCUUUUCUACCUGUUUCUGUGAAAGCACUAUAGUUCAGGCCCCAUCAAUAUGAAUUAAAACCCAUUAGCCCCUUUUUAUGAAUGGCCCUGUGACUGAACUGCUGGGAUCAUAUGAACGGUGAAACCAGUGAACCGGUUGGGGUUACGGUGGAUUGGACUUGUAUGGAAGAUUCAGUCCAGACGGUCUUUUUUCUAGCGUGUGGCACUGGGUUAAAAUGGUUAGUUGCUUUCCUGAUGCUUUAAGACCCAUUUUUACAUUAACUGAGCCUCAAAACGUAUCCAGUAUUAUUACAACAUCAUAUACUCACAUUAUGUUCUUUUUUUGGGGAGGAAAAUAGACUGUUAUCCACCAAAUACUUGGUUGGACUUUGGGAAGUAGCUUGACAAGUGCACUUUGAGAAGUGGACAUCGAAGCAUAAAUGUGGCCCUGUGUGGCCCAACAGAAGUCCAGGCAGAGGACUAGCAGAGGACAAGAAGAUGGACACUAGAUGAAUAAAUGGACAGAUGCAUCAUUGGGACUUUGAAUGCAACUGUAAAAAAACAAAAGACAAAAAAGCAGUUUAAAGUGAUUUAUUUAAAAUGUAAAGUGUUGUUUCAUUUCUCAUCUGCGGAUGAGAAUGCACUACAUCGACUGACACGAGGAAAGAGAAGAGCACUCCAAUUAUUAUGAUUAUACAGUGUACUCUAGUUUUCAGUAUAUAAGAUGACAAACUGCCAACAUCAGACACAUUUCACGUCUCUCCUCUCCAGCUUGCUUGUAUAACAUUGUGUAUAUUGCCUUAUCAAAACAGAUGUUCAUAUGAAAUAUAUGGUGCAUUACUAUGACACUGGAAUGGUUUUUUUUGUUCAGACAGACAAACAGAGGUUUAAGGGAAUAAAGAGACUCGAUACAGACAGAGCAGAACUAAUCAGUGUGACCGAGCAGUAUAGUGAGUAAGUUCCUGUUUUACGGCUGUCAAAACCUGCCAUGUUAUUCUCAUCACACACACACACACAUGCACACACGCACACACACACGCACGCACACACACACACACACACACGCACACAAACCCUUGGUCCUCACCAGCAUGAGUUGAGAGACACUGGGGCAGUGAUAAUAAUACAAUCUAUGUUGGUAACAAAGGCUGAUUAUAUGUGAGUUGGGGUGGGGUGUGUUAUAUCAGUCAAGGGGGGAAGUGUUUGAUUAAAGGCCCAACCUAAACCUCAACCCCUUGCUGGCCUCAUCCCAUCCCUUGCUAUGUGGAAUUCCAGGUGGGUCCCAGGCUAAUGACUAGAUGGCUAUAAUUACCCAGGGCUGUUGAUAGCUGGUGAUUGGACAUGGUCGUGCCACAGAGGACCUAGUGUGGGCUCCUGCUGGGACCACAUUUAAUCAAAGGCUUCUUGGCCGGCUUAUCAAAGGGAAUACUUUCCAGCAAUCUUCUCUGCCUCGGCCCCCUCUGCUAUCCAGACUCUCAGUCCAGUUCAGUCUCUGUUGCAUUCGAGCCCAGAGACUCCCGUUGACGUGAAUUCAAAGGGAUAUUGCACAUCAGUACAAACUUAAGGGAAAAAGUGGCAUGUAAACAAAAAUAAUAAAAUAACAAUUCAUUGCUAUUUUA